ACUUCACGCCGCCCCGCCCCUUCCGUCCCCGGAGGCCGCCAGCCUCGUGUCCGCUCUAGGCUUCUCCCGGACGUCUCUUUGUGGUGGCGUUGAGCUCCUCUAGCCCGCGCUUGCCGUCCUCUCAGUGGUAGCGCGGGGACUGGCUGGGAAGCGGUCGGUCGAGUGUGGCCUGUGUGGACUCGCAUCUUGCCCGAAGCCGGGCGGAGAAGAGAUCAAGCUAAGGGUGAUCAGCCCAUGCCCUAAACCUCCAGACAAAAUAAAACAGGGAAAAUUUGCUAGAAUCAAGAAUGAUGGAUCCAUGUUCAGUUGGAGUCCAGCUUCGUACUACAAAUGAGUGCCAUAAAACCUACUAUACUCGUCACACAGGUUUUAAGACUUUGCAAGAAUUGUCAUCAAAUGAUAUGCUUUUACUUCAACUUAGAACUGGAAUGACACUUUCUGGGAACAAUACAAUUUGCUUUCAUCAUGUAAAAAUUUACAUUGACAGAUUUGAGGAUUUACAGAAGUCAUGUUGUGACCCAUUUAACAUACACAAGAAAUUAGCCAAAAAAAAUUUGCAUGUAAUUGACUUAGAUGAUGCCACUUUUCUGAGUGCUAAAUUUGGAAGACAGCUUGUACCUGGUUGGAAGCUUUGUCCAAAAUGCACACAGAUAAUCAAUGGAAGUGUGGAUGUUGAUACUGAAGACCGCCAGAAAAGGAAACCUGAGUCAGAUGGAAGAACUGCUAAAGCUUUGAGGUCAUUACAAUUUACGAAUCCAGGAAGGCAAACUGAAUUUGCUCCAGAAACUGGUAAAAGAGAAAAAAGAAGGCUUACAAAAAAUGCAAGCGCUGGUUCAGACAGACAAGUGAUACCAGCAAAGAGUAAGGUCUAUGAUAGCCAGGGUCUCCUAAUUUUUAGUGGGAUGGACCUCUGUGACUGCCUGGAUGAAGACUGCUUAGGAUGUUUCUAUGCUUGUCCUGCCUGUGGUUCUACCAAGUGUGGAGCUGAAUGCCGCUGUGACCGCAAGUGGCUGUAUGAGCAAAUUGAAAUUGAAGGAGGAGAAAUAAUUCAUAAUAAACAUGCUGGAUAAUCUGCGGUACCAAACUAUGGAGCCUUUAAAGGUCUUUAUUUCUAAAAAUCUGUUUCUCUAAGAUACAUUUUAAGCUUGAUUAUCAUAUGACAAAGAUUUUAAAACCAUCUCAGUGUGCCCUAAUUUUUCAUCUUGGGUGCUUUAAGAUGCACUAUUUGAUAGAAAUUCAGAUAGGCUAUUUUUCAGUAGUCAGCGUUAAGCCUGUCUGGAUCAAUAUAAACAAGUAGGGUGUAGGCAGUCCUCUAUUUGCAUGUUUCCCAUGGGCACAAAUUUCAGUGACCUAGAUUUAGUUUAAAUACCAGUUUCCUUACCAGGAAGGAAAGAAAACUGGUAAGGAAACUGUUGUUGUUAAAAUCUAGGUUAAAAUUUUAGUUAGCACAUUGUAACUGAGUAAUUACAUGAAGUACAAACCUCUCUGCUAGCUCUUCAGUCUACAAAUCGCUAUGUAAAUAACAGAUAUGCUUCAUGAUUGUGACCAGUCAUGUUAUUUCUUUCAAAUUCUUCCAGUGGUUUGUCCCUGUGCAUCUGUUAAUUCAGUUCACUUACAGCAGAGCAUGUAGUUAUGCUGUCUCUUUGUCAUCUACUUGACAUUCUAUAGAAGUGAACACUCGAAAGAACUGGUCAACAAAGAUGAAAGUGCAGCAAAGCAAUGAAAAAUCAUAACACUGGAAGUGAAAUUUUAAUCAAACAUGAAUUUGUAGAAGAAGUCACUGACCAUGGGAAUGUUGUUCUUGCUGCUGUGUAUUCAUAGGAGCUUAGUGAAGGCAAACUUACCAACACAAAUAAGCAAAGUGGUUGCAAUAAAGACAAAUACAUCCCAGAGGAAGUGAUGGUUAAAAAAAAAAAAACUUUACAUUAAAAGAUAUUUAAUGUGAAUAUAGAAAUAUUUCACAACAUUGAAAGCACAAGCAAUAAAAGGGUGGAAGCUGACCCAAACUUAGAAGGAGUAUGGCAGUUUGCCGUGAACAUAAAAGAUGCUUACUCAGUAUGGUAAGUUACUUGCCAGAAAAAAAGGCAAGCCCUAUUCAAACUACUUUGUUUUUACAAUGAAAUAAAACACUUUAAUUCUAUUUCUAAUGUUUUAAAUUACAGUGUACUAAAUAUUUUUAAACAUUUUUGCAUUUUUUCUACAUUUAUAACUGGUCUUAAGAGUUUUUAAUAUUUGAGCAGAACCUUAAAGGUCAUGGAACAAUCAUCAUUUUCCCCAUUGAUUAUUAAGAUUGCAGGACCAUUUUUAUGGUCCCACAGUACCAUGUGAAAUGAGGAUCGCCUGUAGCUGGGAACAGUGCUUACUUCAGGGAAAACUGAUUUUGAUAGAACCGACUAGUUGAGUAUUAAACUGUUUUGGAAAUAAUUUAUAUAUCUAAGUGCUGAAAUAUAUUUCUCUUCUCCCCACUUAUUCAAAUAAAAAAGUUUUAAUACUAUAAACUUUUCAUUGUUAGUGCCACGCAGUCCUUGUCAAAAUUGUUCUGGGGGACAAAAACUUGAUGUAUAAAGCAUGAAUAUACACACAGUACUUAAACAGAUACCAUAUCUGUGGUAUUAAAAUUUUGGGGGUGGUUGAUUAGGAUUAUAAAAAGACUCCUUAGGGAGUGAUGAUGGAAAAUAGAAACACUGGUUAAUACAGAGUAUAAAUAAAUUUUUUGGAAAUUGA